CAACUCAGUACACCUGUGUUGAAAUGAUCUCUACAAACAAAGACCUCAUCUUUAAGCUCCUGCAGAAACACCACUGGGUUCCUGAGUACAGGUGACCAAGCAGCCAAAGGGAACUACGGUUUGUUGGAUCAGAUCCAGGCUUUACGUUGGACCAGCGAGAACAUAGCAGCGUUUGGUGGUGACCCGUUACGCAUCACCGUGUUUGGCUCAGGUGCUGGGGCAUCAUGUGUGAAUCUCCUCACUCUGUCUCACUAUUCAGAGGGCAACCGCUGGAGCAACUCUACUAAAGGUCUUUUUCAAAGGGCCAUUGCCCAGAGUGGGACAGCUCUAUCCAGCUGGGCUGUCAGUUUCCAGCCAGCGAAGUAUGCGCGGAUGCUGGCCCGUAAGGUGGGCUGUAACCUGGAGGACACAGUGGAACUAGUAGUGUGCCUGCAAAGAAAACAUUACAAGGAGCUUGUAGAUCAAGACAUCCAGCCAGCCCGCUACCACAUUGCCUUUGGCCCAGUCAUUGAUGGAGAUGUAAUACCUGAUGACCCUCAGAUACUGAUGGAGCAAGGUGAGUUUCUCAACUAUGACAUAAUGCUAGGAGUGAAUCAGGGUGAGGGCCUAAAGUUUGUGGAGCUCAUCGUUGACAAUGACAAUGGCGUCCAGGCCAAUGACUUUGACUAUGCAGUGUCCAGCUUUGUUGAUGACCUUUAUGGUUACCCAGAGGGUAAAGACAUUCUGCGUGAAACCAUCAAGUUUAUGUACACGGACUGGGCCGACAGGCACAACCCGGAGACCCGGCGGAAGACUUUGCUGGCCCUGUUUACUGAUCACCAAUGGGUAGCACCGGCUGUAGCAACAGCUGAUCUGCACUCAAGUUUUGGGUCACCAACAUACUUUUAUGCCUUCUACCAUCACUGUCAGACAGAACAGGUACCACCGUGGGCAGACGCAGCGCAUGGAGAUGAGAUCCCAUAUGUGUUCGGGCUGCCAAUGAUUGGGCCAACAGAGCUGUUUCCAUGCAACUUCUCCAAGAAUGAUGUGAUGCUGAGUGCUGUUGUCAUGACCUACUGGACAAAUUUUGCCAAGACUGGGGACCCAAACCAACCUGUACCACAAGACACCAAGUUCAUCCACACAAAGCCCAAUCGCUUUGAAGAAGUGGCGUGGACACGCUACAACCAGAAGGACCAGCUCUACCUGCACAUCGGCCUGAAGCCUCGGGUCAAAGAGCACUACAGGGCAAACAAGGUCAACCUCUGGUUGGAGCUUGUUCCUCAUCUACACAGCCUCAAUGAGGUCACCCCACUCAUCCCUACCACUACCAAGAUUCCUCCUCCUGAAGCCACUAACCGGACACCAAAGACCAAAGUUCUGGUAACCAAGCGCCCAAACCCAACUCCGUUUCCCACCGAGACACAGGGCAGCCACAACCAGCCUCACCUGGUGGACCAGCGGGACUACUCCACAGAACUUUCGGUGACUAUUGCGGUUGGAGCUUCUUUGCUUUUCCUCAACAUCCUGGCCUUUGCUGCCCUUUACUAUAAAAAGGACAAGCGGCGGCAUGACGUCCACCGGCGCUGCAGCCCCCAGCGGAGCGCCGCCAAUGACUUGGCUCACACUCAGGAGGAGGAGAUCAUGUCUCUGCAGAUGAAGCAGCACUCGGACCUGGACAGGGACUGCAGAGGGGUGGGGGAUUCCCUCCACCCACAUGACGUGGUCCUGAGGACUGCCUGCCCCCCAGACUACACCCUGGCUAUGAGGCGCUCACCAGACGACAUCCCGCUCAUGACACCAAACACCAUAACCAUGAUCCCCAGCACCAUGGGAGGCCUCACCUCACUCCACUCCUUUAACACAUAUCCCAGCAGUGGGCAGAACAACACUCUGCCUCAUCCGCACCCACACUCACACUCCACCACCCGGGUAUAGCCCAGUGGAUGGACCCGUACAGGCAGGACUCUAGCGGCUCAGGCAACAAGCUAACUGCGGCGCUGCAGCGGAGAGUCCAGGCCGACCUGCUGAAAAACAGACUUUUCAGGAGUUAAACCGCCGGCCCGGAGAUGCCAAACACAGAUGGAAUUAUACUGGAAUUAUACCACAUUCUGUUAAUACCGGAGGAAAUAUAAUAAAAGGUUUCAGAUGCUUUGGAUCAGAGGAUCAAAAAAUAAUAAUAUUAGUAAUUGUGGUUUUGUAGAAAAAAAAUGGAAAGACAUGAGGGGAAAAAAGUUACAGCAGAACAACAUCUCACAAGCUGAAACAUUUGAGAAAGAUGUUUUUUUUAUCAUUAUUUUUGUUCUGGUAUUACAGCAACAAAAAGGAACAGUGAAACACUUUUUCUCUCUAGCGACAGCUAUGGCCUUCGGGAUUUUCUGACAAACGACUCCUUGACAGUAUUAUCUGGAAGCAGCGCGGAGCAUCAGACACGCCUUGGAGGUGAGAAGAGGGGAGCACUUUGUAAAGGAAAGAAAACAUAUUGUUUUCCUUUGGCAUUACUCUGCAAAACACUGUUUGUGGGGCACAAAGCAGAUGCUGUGCAACCCAAUCGAGUCAUGUCUGAGGGUCGUAAACGGAGGCUAUGUAAGAUAAGCCAAAAGCAGCAGAAUAAACCGAAGGACUGAAAACUUUAAGAUAAAGUGACCCUGUAUGCACAACAGAACCAUUUUGAGGAGAAAAAAAAUAUCUUGCAAAUACUUUUCAUCCUUUUAUUUUUGAUCGAAACAAUUUUAUUGUAUAGGACCUAUUUACAUAUCUAAGCACCAAGGCUGUUUAAGCCCACUUCUCUUGGGCGGGGUGUUCACACUGCAACCUGCCAGUCGGAUCGGGACGUAGGAAGUGAGAACGCACCGAGCGGCUUUCUGGCAGUUCCAACUUCAACACAGAGAGCUGGGGGGACAAAGGAUAAUUGGGAUAUUUUAGCACGAUGCGCAUGACAAUUUACCUGCUUGAUGGCUGCUCUGCUGAUUAUGUCAUUAAUAAGAAUAAUUUUCACCCUGUUCUUUGUGUUGGAAAGAUUCAAGACCUAUUUCCUUAUUGGAUUACUAGAAAACACAAGGCUCUCACGGAACUUUGGGAAAUGCAGUCCCGAUUUGUGGAUGUCACUGGAUGGAUUUAGAUAGUAAAACAAAACAAAAAAAAUUGGGGGUAGGCAUAUGGUAAAGAUUUCUUGCUUAACAUAAUAUAGCUUGAAUGGGCUGGACAUAUAAGGACUAGUUUUGUACUCUAUGUGUUGGUACUACUUUUUGAUAGUGGGUAAAUCACAUUACAUUGUAUCAAUCAAACCCAUUGUACCUUCAGUUGAAAUCAAUGUUUUUUGCUGUUCUACCUAUUGGAGCACCGGACCGGACCCUAUCAAAGUAAUUACCUGCACUGUUUAUUCCAUUGACCUCUCGUCACCCUAAUGCCCCCCGAAAAAUCGACACUUCAAGAUAAAAAAGUAACACAGUGGAACCCAAUUGGUAAGGAAAAUGGAGGGUGAAAUGAUCGAAAAAUUCCAUCUCCAGGCGAUGUAGAUUUGCCAAUGAUUUAUCCAACAAAGCUCUGAACCCCAGAGCUACUUAAACAUGACUGCCUAUAGAUGUUUAAUUCAAGAUAAAAGCCAGACAGAUCACACGGGGUGGGAGUCGACGGAAAUGCACAGCAGGAGGCUGAGAGGAAGAACGAGUAUCAGGCUGGGUCAAUUCCCACGAUUCACUUUUUAUGUAGUUUUCAUCAUUAGCCAAGCUGAAUCAAGUUAGGUGGUACUUUGUGUUGAGAGAUGUCAGUGUGUCUGCCAGUAAAGCAGGAUGAUCAAAAGCAAAAAGUCUUACCUCUUCAACUUAAUGUAUUUUUUUGCUUUUUUUUCUUAUACACACACACACACACACACACGCAGUCCUGUGCUCCAAAUCUCUGCCAUGGUGUCAGAAUUGAUAAAAGGCACCCACUUAUUUAAAAGGGCAGCUCAGGUUCUGUUAAAAGCUUAUACGCAGUUAAUGUUUUAUGCACAGCACAUGAAUCUCUUACCCUCUUAAUUAAGCAUGAACCAAAAGGAAGUUUGUUCCAGAGGCUGAUGCUGAUGGCUGGUCCAAAAGGAGCCAAGACCGAGAUUGACAUCUACUGUCCUAACACACAACCCUAAUCUAGAAAACGUCACAGCAGUUCAAUAGUUGAUAUUUAUUUAAACAGAAGCCAGUAGAUACAUUUCCAUCCAAAUAUCAUGCAUAUUUUAAACAAACUUUCAAAAUGUUGCUGACUAAAGAAGACGAAGGAAAAGCGAAUUGGGUGUGUUUCCUUCUUCUGGUUCGCAGGCUGUGUAGCCUGGUUGUGAUUCCUUAAGAUGUUGAUGAUGCAGGAAGUAGAAAUUGAAAACUAGUAUGGAUCACACAUCUUAGGGAAAUUAAGGGAGGUUUUCAGGAGUUUGCUGCUAUUGGACAAAUGUUCUGUUAUGCCAACUAGCAUUGGCGAUGUUGCAAUUCUAACUCACAAUGGCAGCAGAAUCAGCUGAUCAGUCAUGUGGGGAAAAUGUUCGCUACAUCAGAACUUAUUCAAUGUGUCUCCUUCUCUCCUUUAGCCCAUUAACUCAGAAAAACCACAUUUUGUCGUUUCAAUCAACCUUUUUUAAUGUGAUACAUCAAAAUCCACAUUAAAAAAAAUGGUUGCUGUAAUCGCAGCCUGUGAUUGUUUACACAGUAAAUAAAGUUUGGAUGGUUUGUACAUGUGAAACUUACUGAGUACCAAACAUCUGAUCUGUGACUGGUCAGAGUAACUGUCUGAUCUGAAAGUAAAUCAGUGUGAAAACCAGUAGACUUGUGUGAUUUUCACCUUUCAUAGCAAUUCAUUCUUUCUAUUUUUAUUUAUUUAUUUUUUAGUCUGUGUUGGUCUUGGUCGCUCUCAGGAUGUUUUCAACCUUCUGAACCAGCUAAUCUGCACGUCUAUUAAUUGAAGACACCAAGGAAGUUUUUAACUGCAAUUGGAUUUUUCUCCCUUCCUUUUGGAAUAAGUUUAAUGUUUUGAAAAUUUCACUUGUUGUUUUAUCUAGAUAGAUAUUUCUGUCUACAUAUUUCGUGUUUAGUGUUUCUGUUUUCCCUUCGCCCAUCUUGAGGUUGCAGCUUUGUACUUUGAGUUGCCGUAAGGAUAAUUUUAUCAACCUUUUCGUAACUAUUCUUUCUCUAAUCUUAAGGUUUCUUGGAAUAGGUGUGACGUACAUUUAAAAUGUUUAGGCUUAACUGACUAGCUAACUUUCAGGUAAAUAAAUACAAAAAAACUAAAUAAAAAAAAAAGAACAAAAAACUAUGGUUUCUGUUUGCCGAGUCACUUCCAUGAAGCCCAUCAGCUGAUCUGUGACCGCCAAUAACCUCACCAUCUUUUUCUUCAGAUGACAUUCUUAACUACUGAAGGAGCUAUUCAUGCAAAUCACUACAUUACUCUGUGUGUACUAUUUUUAUUACCAAAACUGUCUUAGAGAAUUUAUGUUUUCCUAUGUUUCUUUUCUAGAUAAAGUCACCAAUGGAGCUAAUCCUGCCAUUUACUCAGUUCUCAGAUUAAACUGGAGCAUUGAGUUUGAACUUGUCUGUAUGAUUGGAUGGGAUUGAAUUGACAAUAUGUUUGUAUAAAGAACUAUCUGUUCCUCUUGUAAAAUCCACUGAGAGAGCACUUGUUGUAAAUCAGGGCUGUGUGAAAAAAACAUUCUGAACUGAAUCCUGAUGCUAAAUGAUCGACAAAGAAUUAAAACAUGAUCAGUCAACCAGUCA